AUACAUUUUUCCUUACGGCCACUAUAUAUUCCUCUUCGACUACUAGACCAGCCCAACACUUGGAUCGAGAAAUUCAGAAAUACACACACAUACAAUCAGCUGUCUGUCCACCAAACCCAAUCAACUGAAAUCCCUCCCUCUAAUUCACUCUGCGCUCAGCAUCUCUUUUUCAACUCCAAUUUCUAAUCUCCGAUUCGCCUGCCGGAGCUCCGCCGAUCCGAUCCGCUCCGCCGCCGAUUCUCCCGUCGGAUCUCCCCUGCUCCGAGCAGGCUAGUUCAUGGAAAAUUAGCAACCACAAGUUGACCAGUUGAUAGAAUACAAAUGGGGACUGAAGAUCCUAGCCGUAAAAAUUUCCCGUACAGGCCUGCUGCAUCACCAUUCUCAUCGCCGCAAAGUACAAUGCCUUUCUUAUCAUCUCCUCCAGUGGUCGGAUCCCAGGGGCCCAUUGGUGGAUCAAAUUCUUCUUCCGUUAGGCCAUCCACGACACCUGCUUCUCAGACAUCUCCUUUUAUAUCCUCAAGACCUGCAGUUGGACCAGAACCCUCAAAUUUCAGACCUGGGCCACCAGUAAGAUCUACUACCCCAUUUAUGAAUCCAUCCCAACCAUCUUAUAGCCAGACUCCUGCAGGACCUUUUCAACGUGCCCCUGGACAACAAUUUCCCUCAAACACCCAAGUGCCCCCACCACGCACUUCACCUAUGGGUCAGCAGGCUUCUCCCAUGCCAACUAAUCAUUCUGCAGCUUCUUAUACAUCCAUGCCAGCUUUACAAAACCCAAAUUAUCAAUCAUCUGCGGAAUCAUCUUAUUUUGCUCGGCCAAAUUUGCAGCAAUCUUCACCCUCAAUGAGGCCUUAUUUUGCUCCAGGCACGCAACCUAAUGCAGCUGCACAGACUGCACCAGUACCAUCAGCAUCCUUUCUUAAUCACCAAAAUAAUUAUGUUCAACCACCUCCAGUAGCACCCACCCCUUUUAUCUCUCCUCAACAUGGUUAUGCCCCACCUCCUCCAGGUGCAACUUUAGGCCCAUAUUCGAUGGAUAAAAUACGAGCUCCAAGCUCUACAGCCUCUUUGGGACCUGCUCAGGGUUUAGCAGAAGAUUUCAACUCAUUAUCUAUCGGUUCUGUUCCAGGUUCUUUUGAUCCAGGACUUGAUUCUAAGGCGUUGCCUCGGCCAUUAGAUGGUGAUUUGGAACCAAAAAGUUAUGCUGAAAUGUAUCCGCUAAACUGCAAUUCUCGAUAUCUAAGACUUGCGACUAGUGCUAUACCGAAUUCCCAGUCUUUAGCUUCCAGGUGGCAUCUGCCCCUUGGAGCUGUUGUUUGUCCUCUCGCAGAAGCUCCUACUGGGGAGGAAGUGCCAAUUGUUAAUUUUGCUACAACGGGUAUUGUUCGGUGUAAAAGAUGCCGCACGUAUAUCAACCCUUAUGUGACUUUUACUGAUGGUGGCAGAAAGUGGCAAUGCAACAUAUGUACUUUGCUUAAUGAGGUGCCUGGUGAUUAUUUUGCCCCUCUGGAUGCUGGUGGGAGAAGAAUCGACUUGGAUAAACGUCCUGAACUUGUUAAGGGUAGUGUUGAAUUUGUUGCUCCAACAGAAUACAUGGUGCGACCGCCGAUGCCACCACUAUAUUUCUUCCUUAUUGAUGUAUCAAUAUCUGCUGUUAGAAGUGGAGUUAUUGAGGUGGUGGCACAAACUAUCAAGUCUUGCUUGGAUACUCUACCUGGUUAUCCUAGAACUCAGAUCGGUUUCAUAACUUUUGAUAGCACAAUACAAUUUUAUAAUAUGAAGUCAUCUUUGACACAGCCUCAAAUGAUGGUGGUGUCAGAUCUAGAGGAUAUAUUUGUUCCCUUGCCGGAUGAUCUUCUUGUCAAUUUGUCAGAAUCCAGAAGUGUAGUUGAUGCCUUUCUGGAUAGUCUGCCUUCCAUGUUUCAGGACAAUGUUAAUGUAGAAUCAGCUUUUGGUCCAGCUCUAAAAGCCGCAUAUAUGAUUAUGAAUCAACUUGGUGGUAAAUUGUUAAUUUUUCAAAAUACACUGCCAUCUCUUGGCGUUGGUCGCUUAAGGUUGCGUGGUGAUGAUCUUCGGGCUUAUGGAACAGAUAAAGAACAUGCACUAAGAACACCAGAAGAUCCAUUUUAUAAACAGAUGGCUGCUGAAUUCACCAAGUACCAGAUCGCAGUAAACAUAUAUGCGUUUAGUGAUAAGUACACUGAUAUAGCUUCUAUAGGAACUUUAGCAAAAUAUACUGGUGGCCAGGUUUAUUAUUAUCCAAACUUCCAGGCUACCAUUCACAAAGAAAGGUUACAACACGAGUUAGCAAGGGAUUUGACUAGAGAAACUGCCUGGGAAGCUGUACUGCGGAUAAGAUGUGGAAGAGGUGUGCGUUUCACGUCUUAUCAUGGCAACUUCAUGUUGAGAUCAACUGAUUUAUUAGCCCUUCCGGCCGUAGAUUGUGAUAAAGCUUAUGCCAUGCAGUUGUGUCUUGAGGAGACCUUGCUGACAACUCAGACUGUGUAUUUUCAAGUUGCUCUAUUAUACACGUCAUCAUCUGGAGAAAGGCGUAUAAGAGUGCAUACGGCAGCCGCACCAGUGGUUGCAGAUCUAGGAGAAAUGUAUCGCCAAGCUGAUACUGGUGCCAUCAUUUCCUUGCUUGGUAGAUUAGCAAUUGAGAAAAGUCUAACUUCUAAGCUGGAAGAUGCUCGAAAUUCUAUACAACUGAGAAUUGUUAAAGCUCUCAAAGAAUAUCGAAAUCUCUAUGCUGUGCAGCAUCGUGUGGGGAGCAGGAUGAUAUAUCCAGAAUCCUUGAAAUUCUUGCCCUUGUAUGGAUUAGCACUAUACAAAUCAACAGCACUGCGUGGUGGGUAUGCUGAUGCUCAACUCGAUGAACGGUGUGCAGCAGGAUUCACCAUGAUGGCUUUACCUGUCAAAAAAUUAUUGAAGCUUCUCUAUCCUAAUUUGAUACGGAUAGAUGAGUGUCUUCUGAAGGCUGAUGCAUUGGAAAGCACUUGGAAAAAGGUCCCACUAGCUGCAGACAGCUUGGAUCCCACCGGUCUUUAUGUUUAUGAUGAUGGUUUUAGGUUUGUAGUAUGGUUUGGUAGACAACUUUUACCUGAUAUUGCAAGGAACCUACUUGGCGAAGACUACACUACAGAUUACUCGAGGGUUAGUCUCUACGAGCAUGACAAUGCAAUGUCCAGGAAGCUAAUGAAAAUACUGAAGACUUUUAGGGAGACUGACCCAUCAUAUUAUCAGCUGUGUCAUCUCGUGAGACAAGGUGAACAGCCCAGAGAAGGGUUCUUCCUUCUUGUAAACCUGGUUGAGGACCAAGUUGGUGGUAUGAAUAGCUAUCUUGAUUGGAUCCUCCAAAUUCAUAGGCAAAUUCAGCAAAAUGCCUAAGUAUACAGAUGUUCGGUGAUUCAGAAUUUAUUGAAAUCAAGAUGCGGGGUAAUGUCAAAAGUGCAGAAUAUCUAGUUGCAGAGGGUAAUUUAUUAAUGGACACAACUGCUCUACUAGUUGCAGUCAAGUUAAAAUUGUGUGUACAUCUGUUCGUUCCUUCGAUAUAUUCUUUAUCCUAGAAUAUAGCUAGAAGGAUACUGUUGUCUGUUCAAGCUUGAAAUACUGCUGAUUUCUCAGAUGCUGGACUGUGGGUUCGAUUAUUUAUCUCACUAUGGUUAUUGAUGUUGAUGCUGUUGCACUCAGAGACGACUGCCACUUUUAAGGGGAAACUUGCAUUGUGAAGCUACAAGGAAACUUGCAUUGUUAAGCUACAAGUCUUCCUUGUUAUAUUUUAGUCGCUGCAAUUCACAUAUUUAUCAGUUUUUCAGUAAAUUUUGUAUUUUUUUUUUCUAAAUCAUAGAAGCAGAUUCAUGAUUUUCAGUGUGGUUAGAGUCCUCCGAAUUUUCCAGAUACUUUUGCAUCUAAUUUCAUGAUAUGUAGAUUUCCAUAACUACGAGGGAGUUAUGGGGCUCCUUGUAUGAGUUUGUUCAGCACAUUUUGCCCCGUACUUUUUAAUGAAACAAAUGAUGUUUUGAUGUCA